UGCUUGAACAAGGUCUUAUAUAUGCACCGGAACAUCCUGAGGAAAACUGCGCAUGCAUGGGCCCUCGGCAGUUGGUUAUUGUGUGUCACCGAUGAGGUGGCGGGAAACAGCAGUGGUGACUCAUCAACUUGGACCGCUGCGUCAGCUAUUUGUGGCCUCCUGGAAGGUCGUGGAAGGUCGUACAAAUGGCGAGAAAAUGCCACCUUCGCCAUCGGAGCCCUACGUUAUGUAUUCGUCAGUGAUAGACGUGUUAUCGGGCCGAAGGCUUGUGUGAUUAAUAAUGAUCACCUGAUCGAACUCGAGUAGCUCGACUUCCCAUAUUUGUAAAUCACUAUGGGUAGCCUCAGCUUGGCAUACGGGGACUAGAUAAGGCCGAUGCCUGAGUAACCUUGUCCCACAAGUAGUACAUAUGCAUGAUCUUCAAUACUGCCGUUUGAAAGAGGCUUUUAGUAACCCUGGUGCC